AAUUGUAACAUCCGAAGUUCUUUAAUGAGUUUAGACUUUGAGCUUAGAUAUGGUUUGAAUAUUUUGAAAUAGUUUGUCGAAUCAUAAACAUAACUUCCAUUCUUACAAUAAAUUUCCGGAAUUAUGGGAUAAUAGAAAAACAUGAAUUUUGAAAAAAUUAAUUUUGAUUCAAGACUGCCCGGAUGGAAAAUAGAAAAGACUUCACAAUUGGAAAUUAUCGGAGAUAAGGAAAGACAGAACAAAUGCAGUUCAAAUUUACAAAAUGUAUCUUCGUCUUUGUACACAAAAGCCUUUAUCGAGGGAGUUGGCGUUCAAGGAAUUCGUUACAUAUUUAUGAAUGAUCAUACUUGGCAUAGGAGGUUGCUUUGGGUUUUGAUGGUUCUCGGGGCUUCUGCAUAUGCUAUAUUUAUGACUGUCAACAAUGUAAACAAUUUCCUAUCGUAUCCUUCAACAACAAAAACUGAAGAAUUUUUUGUAAAGAAAAUAUCCUUUCCCGCGGUGACAAUGUGCAACUUCAAUGUGUUCCAGAAGAAAAAAUUAUCUCCUGCUGAAUCAAAGAUGUUGGAAAUUAUGUAUCGACCUUUUCCUGAUUUUGGGCCGGACAAAAUCAAUGCUUCGGAAUAUGAUAAUAUCAAUAUUAGACAAUUUUUUCACAACAAAUCAUAUAAUUACCUUACGUACAUGGGAGUUUGUUCUUAUCGUGGGAAACUGUGUAACAGAACAAAGGUACUUCAUACAAAACUUAGAGAUAUUGGCGUCUGUUUGACGUUUGAUCCAUCAAAAGACGAAGAAGAAAAAUACCAAACUUUAAGAGGUGUGGAUGGUGGCCUUGAAGUUGGAUUUAUGUCAGACGUAAAGGAUUGGACUCAUGGACCUUUCAUGACAUUAGAGGGAUUUUCUGUAUUGGUUCACGAUCCAUCAGAUGAUGUAGUAUUAUUGGAAAACAGAGGGAUUUAUGUACCGGUUGGCGCAACUGUGAACCUGAUGAUAAAUAAACUCAUUGAACAAAGAAUGGAACCACCUCAUGGGCAAUGCGGUUUUCGUGAACUUAAAUAUUAUCCGAAAUACACUCAAACAGCUUGUUUGGUUGAAUGCGAAAUGGAUUAUAUGAUGGAGAAUUGCCAUUGUGUGGCAGAAUACGCUCUGGAUUUCCCUUCAGUGAAAACCUGCAACAAAUUUCAACUUGACCAAUGCAAGAUUCAGCAUAUUUCGAAUGAAUCCGCAAAUCCAUUUAUCCUUCAAGAGUGCAAUUGUCCUCCGGAUUGUAACAGAACGAUUUAUGAUAUUACAAUGACGUCUUCAAGAGUAACUGAAGGAACCAGGAUACUGAUGGCUAAAUACGUACCGGGAUUCGAUAUUUUGAAGAGCGGAAUCUAUUUUCGUGUAUAUUUUCCAUAUUUGUGGUACCGGACUACAAUACAGGAAGAAUCGUAUUCAUUAGAUAAACUUUUCUGUGACAUCGGAGGUGCUCUUGGACUCAUGUUGGGUGCCAGUGUAAUGUCAUGUGCUGAACUACUGGAUUUUGUUCUGUUCAUGAUGUCGUUUGGAUCUGUUCGAUUUUGGCAAAGUAGGAAAAGGAGAAAAACAAAAGUGCAAACCUUAGAAUCUUAAUAAUAUAUGGGACUAUGGUCUUUAUUUCAAUAUGAAUCACAUUGAAAAUUUACACCUCUGUAAUGAAGACAAUUAUAUUCAUAUUGAUCCCAAUUUUUUUCCGUAGUAUAUAUAUUAUUAAAUUAUAAUAUUCCAGGCAAAAACACGUUAUAUGGUCUUUUGUAUUGUUGCUUU